UUAUUUUACAGCAAUGACCUGAAUAAAAACAAAAUGUUAACCCAAGCAAACAUAUAACCAGCUGGUGGGAGUGUCGCACAUGAUGUUCACAUUUUUUUCAAAUCCAUUCUCUCAAGUGAGAUCAGAAACAUUUUCUUGGCAUCAUCCAUAUAAAAACAGCUUAACAGUUUUAGCACUUGAUUCAAACCCACCAGAUAUAUUAAUAGCAAACUUUCCUUCCUGCAUCAGUUCCCAAGUAUGGUUACAAACAGCUCUCCACUUAAAAAGAGUUUGGUGCAACUUUUCUUCAGAUUUUAGGCAGUCCACAAGUUAUUUUAGAAUAAACUCUUGAAAACGUCCAGCCUUCCCUGUCCCUCCCUCUGGGCAUUUCAAAGUAUUUUUCUUUUCUUUAGGGAGGCCCAUGAGGGUCGACACUUAGUGACUUCAGAAAGACACAAAACAGAAGCAGUCGUCCCUCAGUGGGACCCAGCUUUAUUUAAUGCUGAACUGUUUUUCCACUGCCCUUUCAUUUUAUCACUCAAUUCUCAGUAACUUUCUCAUAUACCAGAACGUGUUACUUUACAUUAUAGUUUGAUUUCUUUUGACUGUACUUUUUAAGUCCUAGUAUUGAGUACUGGAAAAACAGACUGUUGUUGGUUUGUCUGCAGUCCCAGCUGCAGACUCUCUGGAACCUCCUUAAUGAGGUUCUCUGCCCCUCCCUUCUCCUGUACACUAACGCCAGCCACUUGCUUUGAGAGUUAUCCCUCAGCAUCAAGUCAGAGGAAACCGUAAUUCACAACUUUCAGCUUAAAAACAGGCAGGAUCUUGUUGUUUGGGGCAGCAAACUAUCAACUUCUGCUAAUCAUUUCUAGCAUAUUGCAGCUGUCCUAGUCCUUCUUUGUUGAAGCCACUACAAAAGUUUGGAUCUGUUCAGCCACAGAAGCUACUAGUCAAUGGCAUCUGAGGAGCUGCAGAAGAAACUGCAGCGCAGGCUGGCCAUCGAAGAACAAGACAGUCAAGGUGAAGUACCUGGCAGUGCCGAUGAACCAAGUAGGGACUGUCAAGAGCAGGAAAAGGAGGCAACUGCCAAUGCAGACCAAGAGCUGUAUGAAAAGCUGACCCGCAGGCUGAGCAUCAAUGACGGCACAACACAGACCAAGCAGGUGAAGGUCUUCAACCCUUACACGGAGUUCAAGGAGUUCAGCCGCAAGCAGAUCAAGGCCAUGGAGAGCAUGUUCAAACUGUAUGACUCUGGAAAGGAUGGCUAUAUUGACUUGAUGGAACUGAAGCUGAUGAUGGAGAAGUUGGGGGCCCCACAGACACACCUUGGCCUUAAGAACAUGAUCAAAGAAGUUGAUGAGGAUUUUGAUGGCAAGUUGAGUUUCCGUGAGUUCCUUCUAAUUUUCCGGAAGGCAGCAGCUGGUGAGCUGGAUGAAGACAGCGGACUUCUAGCUCUAGCAAAACUGUCAGAAAUUGAUGUUUCCAUCAAAGGAGUUAAGGGGGCAAAGGAAUUCUUUGAGGCAAAGGUGAAAGCUCUUUCAGUAAUAAGCACCUUUGAAGCAGAGCUUAAGGAUGAGCAGAAUGAGAGGAAACGUCAAGAGUUUGAAAAGAAACAAAGGCGAGCAGCAUUUCGGGAGCUACAAGCCUCAUUUGAGCAGUGACUAAUCACAGGAGAACUGCACCACACUGUCUCACCAUCCAGGGAUAAACAGAAAAGCAUUUCCUUGCUUUAUCUAAUACAAAAAUAAAAAUGGUAUACAGCC